AUGGGAAUCGUAACUUACGUGCUCUCGAUACUCACCUUCCUCGUGCUCAACACGUGCUCGUGCUCCUGGUCCCUAGAGAACCAUGUGUUGUCUGGAUCAAGGGUUGGGCGCGCGUCGCUGGGAACUCUUGGCAGCGGAAUGCGGCAAGCACUCGACGAGUGCCAAUCCCAGUUCAAGUGGGACCGCUGGACCUGCCCGGAAAGUUCAUUCAACGUCGUCUCCAAGCACGGAAAACUUCCAGCGACCCGAGAGUCUGCUUUCGUCGUCGCCAUGGUGAGCGCAGGCAUCACACACAUGUUCGCCAGGAACUGCAGCCGAGGCCAAAAGAGCUGCAGAUGUGACGAACGGCCUCGCAAGAGAGAACCCGAUUCAAGUUGGUCCUGGGGAGGCUGCAGCGCCGAUAUCAAGUACGCAGGAGAUUUUUCGCGCCGGCUCCUCAUCGGCAAGGUUGAAGCUAUCAGAGACCUAAACGCCGCGAUGAAUAGGCACAACAACAACGUCGGAAGAGCGGCGGUACGAAAGUCACUACUGCGCGCCUGCAAAUGUCACGGCCCGUCGGGCACGUGCACCACGAAGACUUGCUGGUUGCAACCGGGCGAACUGUCUGCCGUCGGACGGAGGCUGCGGAAAGCGUACGACCGGGCCCACCUGGUGAAGGUCAACCGCGGCGUGCCUAAAUGGCCCGACGCGAAGAGAGUCCUGGUUUACGCCGUACCGGCGGACAACUACUGCCUGCCGAACCGCAGCCUCGACACCACUGGCACCUACGGCCGUGAGUGCUCACGCAGGACUGGCAGUGGCGUCUCCCGGACUGAACGCGACAGCUGCAGAAACCUGUGCUACGACUGCGGUUAUGGCGUCAGGCAGGUGGCGGUGACGACCAGGAGCUCGUGCAACUGCCGGUUUCUCUGGUGCUGCUCGGUCAAGUGCGACAGCUGCGACGUCAACGUGACCAAGUACUUCUGCCACUGA